CUUGCUGCAGACGCUGGGGAGUCAGGAGUCGCAGGAGGACGAGCAUUGGAGGAGAAGCAGAGAGAUGUCCACCCUGGGCUGGUGGCGCCGCUGGGCGCCCGGUUCAGUGUGGGCGCACUAGACUGCCGACCUCGGUCGGGGUGUGUGAACGGAGUGCGGUGCUCCGGAGCUCGGCCUUCUUGAUCUUCUGUCCUUCUUGAGACAACUGGCAGGAGGAAGACUAACUAGGUCCUCCAACAGCUAAGUGGCUGGUCCAGGCAGACCCUCACGGCAAGAGGAGAUCAGCCGGCCAUCCCUGAAAAGCUCAAGCCCUUGGGUGUGAGCAAACCAGACAACUGUGAACAGCUCACCACUCCACUGGAGAAUUACAAGAUGUACCACCAGGAAGACGACACCAACAGUGACAUGACCAGUGACGACGACAUGAGCCGUUGUGGGAGGGAAACCCCACCACCUCGAUCAUCCCAUUCUCUGAGCAGUGACCGAGACCAGGAGCACAGGGGCAGAAGCAGAGAUGUGGAGCCUCGAGACCGCUGGCCAUACAUCAGGAAUCCCAGAAGCAGGCUGCCUCAUCGGGAUCUUUCCCUCCCUGUGAUGUCAAGACCACAUUUUGGACUGGAAAGAGAUGAUGACAGACGUUCCAUGGAUUAUGAGUCUCGAUCCCAGGAUGCUGAAUCAUACCAGAAUGUUGUGGAACUCAAAGAGGACAAAAAGCCUCAGAAUCCAAUUCAGGACAACCUGGAGAACUACAGAAAGCUGCUCUCACUGGGAGUACAGCUUGCCGAAGAUGACCGACACUCUCACAUGACACAAGGCCACUCAUCGAGGUCCAAGAGAAGUGCCUACCCAAGCACCAGCCGAGGCCUGAAACCCGUGCCUGAAGCCAAAAAGCCGGCCCACCGACGGGGGAUCUGCGAGGAUGAAUCUUCUCACGGAGUGAUAAUGGAAAAAUUCAUCAAGGACGUGUCACGCAAAUCCGCAAGAGCGAGGGAGCUGCACGAGCGUCCUCCUCCUCCACCUCCUCCUCCUCCGAGGUUCCCCAGGCCCAGUGACAACUGGAAGGACGGUGCGUCCAACCGAAGAGAGUCAGUGAUCCAGGAGAGGGGUUCUGAAGGGAGCGCGUACAGGGGUGCCUUCCGGUUCAAUGCAGACCUGCUUUCCAGAAACCGAGCGCUGGAAAGGAAGCGCCGUUACCACUUUGAUUCUGAUGAGAGGGGUUCGGGUCACGAGCAUAAGAGCUGUGUGAGGAAGAAGCCUUUUGAGUGUGGUAGUGAGAUGAGGCAGGCCAUGAGCAUGGGCAACCUGAGCUGCCCUCCCGUCCCCGAGUCUCAGCCAAUCGAUUUUCCGUCAGAUCCGUAUGUGUGUGAUGAGUGCGGGAGGUCGUUCAGUGUCAUCUCUGAGUUUGUCGAGCACCAGAUCAUGCACACGAGGGAGAACCUCUAUGAGUAUGGAGAGUCCUUUAUCCACAGUGUGGCUGUCAAUGAGGUACAGAAAGGUCAGGGCGGGGGGAGACGCUUUGAGUGUAAGGAAUGUGGCGAAACCUUCAGUAGGAGCGCUGCCCUGGUGGAGCACCGCCAGAUCCAUGCUAGAGAGUACCUGGCCGAGUGCAAUGACCAGGAGAACGAGGACGCCAUCAUGCCUAGCCCGACCUUCAGCGAGCUGCAGAAGAUAUAUGGCAAAGACAAGUUCUACGAGUGCAAGGUGUGCAAGGAGACCUUUCUGCACAGCUCGGCCCUGAUUGAGCACCAGAAGACCCAUGGCCGAGGCAACUCAGACGACAGGGAGAAUGAGCGUGAGCGUGAGCGCCAGCGCAUGCGUGCACGCGCACGGGAGCAGCGCGAGCGCGAGCGCGGGGAACCCUUUCUGACCUGUCCAAACUUCAAUGAGUUUCGGAAGAUGUACAGGAAAGACAAGAUCUAUGAAUGCAAGGUGUGUGGGGAGAGCUUCCUCCAUCUCUCGUCCCUGAGGGAGCAUCAGAAAAUCCACACUCGAGGAAACCCAUUCGAAAACAAGAGCAGGAUGUGCGAGGAGACCUUUGUCCCAAGUCAGUCCCUCAGGAGGCGCCAGAAAACUUACAGGGAGAAGCUGUUCGACUUUAACAAUGCCAGAGAUGCACUGAUGGAAAGCUCAGACCCCGGGGACCACCAGAAAAAUCGUCCUCGCAAGAAUUUCUUCGAGGGCAGGGGAUAUGAGAAGCCCUUUGCCGAAUCUCAGAAGAGUCAUACUAUAACACGACCACCUGCAAACGAAGAUGACAAGCCGUUCACCAUCAGUGUCAACCCUAAUGACAAGCCGAAGUCCCCUACCACGGAAAACGGCUCCCAGGGGAGACCCUACGAGAGGUCUGUCAUUCACAGCUUGGGUCCUGCACUAGCUCUGAAGAGUCGUGGCGCAUUCGGGUUCCCUAAACCAAGACCAGUGGCAGAGUCUAGCACCCAGACCUCAGGAGGCAUUCUCCCCAAAAUCCUCUCUAGAGGGAGCAUCUUUGAAGGAAAGGAAUUCAAGAGAUCCAUCAUCCACAGCUUGCCUGCUCCUCGACCUCUGAAACGUCAUAGGGCAAAUGACCUGGUUGGAUGUGAUGAGGAAGGAGAGUCCUCCAUUUACAUCCCAGAGCUUAACAAUAAGCGUCGGAAGAUUCCUACCGGAGAAGACACUUAUGAAGGAAGCAACAGCAGCAACCACACAGAUUCCAUCCCCCCGGGUGUACCCCGUGCGGAGCCUCCAAGCCUUUCUGGAGAGCCCCGUGAAUCUAAUCAAGAUGUCACAUUUUCAGUGCCCAGCUCAAGUGUUCGUGAACACCAGAAAGCUCGUGCCAAAAAGAAGUACAUUGAGACCAGGAGCAAUGAGGCCUCUGUAAUCCACUCCCUACCUUUUGGUGACCUGCAAGCAAUCCGCCGUAGAGCGAAGUUCUUUGAGUGUCAGGAAUGUGGGGAGGCCUUUGCUCAUGGGUCUGACCUCAUUGAGCACCAGAAGAUUCAUGACAGAGAAAGACCCUCUGGAAGCCGACAUUUUGAGCGAUCUGUCAUCCGCAGCCUGGCCCCUAGCGACCCUCAGACCAGUUAUGCCCAAGAACGCUUCAUUCAAGAGCAAGUGCGCAAAUUCAGAGAAUUUGGACAACGCUCUGCUACCAGCAACAACCUCAGUGUACAGAAAACCUAUGCCCAAGAGAAACAUGCCGAGGAGCCCCAUGAUAAACAAACUCAUGGUCAAAAAACUCAUGACAAAGAGCCCUAUGGCCAAGAACCCCAUGGCCAGGAGCCCCAUGGUGAUGAGCCCCAGGACAAGGAACCCCUUGAUCAGGAGAUGAGCAGCGAAGAGCCCCAUGGUGAUAAGCCCUAUGGCCAGGAGCCCCAUGGUGAUGAGCCCCAUGACAAUGGACUCCUUGAUCAGGAGAUGCGCAGUGAGGAGCCCCACGGUGAUGAGCCCCAUGGUGAAGAGUCCCACGGCCAGAACAAAGCUGAAGACACUACCAUUCAGGCCUCGGGUUCUGAUGACCACAAGAAAGAUGACGCCACCGGCGACAUGAUCUAUGAAUGCCAGGACUGCGGACUAGGCUUUACUGACCUCACAGACCUCACAAGCCACCAGGAUGUCCACAGCAGAAAGGAUCUGGUUGACAGUCGCGAAUAUGCACACUCUGAAGCUCAUGUCCACCCCGUCAGCGAAUUUGAGAAUAAAUGCUCUGGAGAGAAGCUGUACGAAUGUCCAAAAUGCGGGGAGUCUUUCACUCACAGCUCGUUGCUUUUCGAGCACCAGAGAGUCCAUGAACAAGACCAGCUGUAUUCUGUAAAGGCCUGCGAUGAUGGUUUCAUCGCUCUCCUGCCUGUGAGGCCAAGGAGGAAUCGUGCUGCCGAGAGGGAUCCUGCCGUUACCGGGUCAGCCAUUCGGUGCCGUCAGUGUGGACAAGGCUUUAUUCACAGUUCCGCCCUCAACGAGCACAUGAGACACCACCGGGAUGAUGAAGUACUGGAGCAGAACGAGCUGACCGAGGAGAUUUUCAUUCAAGGCCUAGCCCUCACCGAGUAUCAGGGAAGCGAAACCGAAGAGAAGCUCUUUGAGUGCACAAUCUGUGGGGAAUGCUUCUUCACUGCCAAACAGCUCGGAGACCACCACACCAAAGUCCAUAAGGAUGAGCCCUAUGAGUAUGGGCCCUCCUACACCCAUGCCUCCUUUCUCACUGAGCCCCUCCGGAAGCACAUCCCACUGUACGAAUGCAAAGAUUGCGGGCAGCCCUUCCUAGACGACACAGUCAUCGCCGAGCGCAUGGUGUUCCAUCCCGAGCGAGAAGGGGGAUCAGACAUAGUAGCUGCCACCGCCCAAGAGGUCGAAGCCAAUGUCCUCGUUCCACAAGAGGUACUGAGGAUCCAGGGGUCAAAUGCAGAAGCUGCUGAGCCGGAAGUAGAGGCCGCGGAGCCGGAAGUGGAGGCUGCCGAGCCUGAGCUGGAGGCUGCAGAGCCUAAUGGAGAGGCCGAAGGGCCAGACGGAGAAGCUGCUGAGCCAGACGGCGAGGCGGAGCAGCCCAAUGGAGAGGCGGAGCAGCCCAAUGGCGAUGCCGAUGAGCCAGAUGGAGCCGGGAUCGAAGACCCAGAAGAGAGGGCUGACGAGCCAGAGGAAGAUGUUGAAGAGCCAGAGGGAGACGCCGACGAGCCUGACGGUGGCGCAGACAUCGAAGACCCAGAAGAGGAAGGAGAAGAUCAAGAGAUUGAGGUCGAAGAACCGUACUACAACUGCCACGAGUGCACAGAGACCUUCGCUUCCAGCGCGGCCUUCGGUGAGCACCUGAAAAGCCACGCCAGCGUGAUCAUCUUCGAGCCUGCCAAUGCGCUCGGAGAGUCCCCCGGCUACCUUGAACGCGCCAGCACCAGCGCUGGUGGUGCCGAGCAGGCGGAUGACAAGUACUUCAAAUGCGACGUGUGCGGGCAGCUCUUCCACGACCGCCUCUCCCUCGCCAGACACCAGAAUUCUCACACUGGCUGAGGACAAACAGAACAAAACCAAACCUUCCUCCCAGAACCAGACCCUUAAUAACUCACAGCGAGAGCCUAAACCAACCCAAAAUGUUAAUAGAAAUUCAUCUUGCUUAUUCUCAUACCGGACUUCUCAUCGGAUAACUCAGACUGGAAAAAAAAAAAGAGAUUGAGAGCAGAGACUUCUUUCAGUCUUCGCUCUUCCCUAUGGGACAUCAGUGUACAUUCAGGAAAGAUAGAGCACACAUCUCAUUUUUCAUCUCAGUAACUAACUAGAUUGAGGGAAAACCCAGUGAAUAUUCAAGACCACAGAGGUUGCCCCAAUCGACUGUAAAUGGCAUCCCUUUCAUACCCCAUAUACAUGAUUCAUGCCGUGUAUAUAAAUGAGCAAAUCACAGCGAAUCAUUGAUACAUAUAUUUGGAUUUAGUGUGCUAUAUAUAGAAUUUACAGUUUACUAUACAGAGCUACCUAGCCUGGGGCUCUGAUUUUUUUUUUUUUCCUGAGGAGGAAGAGAGCAACAAUUUAGCAUAUAUUUGUAAGUGUUGUCCAUCCUGCGGAAGCUUUACUGUGCAUCGUUUGAACCCCAUUAGUAUCCUUCCCAGUAAUGGACUAUUUUGUCCCCUACCUCUUAGAUAGUCCUGUGAAGGUGUGAGUGUGAAAGAUCAUGUGUCUUUGAAUCCUGGCUGUGUGGAAAAAAAGACAUUUUAGCUUCCACAGCCAUUUGGUGUGCACCCAACCCCCUUGAGACUGACUGUGUAACCCUUUACAAUAUGUGGAUUUGUCUCUGUGACCCGACCCAUCACCUCAUUUUAUAGACCUUACCGUGGUUUUCAUGCAAAAAAAAAAAACAAAAAAACAAAAAACAAAAAAAAAAAGUAUGUUACAUUUGAGGUGUUCUUUAAGGUUUGGGUUUUUGUUUUCUAACCAGUUCAUCGUGUGUUCGAUUGUGAAUUCAUGAAACCUGAAGCUUUGCCCUGUAAAUCUUAAUGUCUUUGCCUUUAAAGAGUGGGUGACAACCAUCGCUAGAUCACAGCAGUGCCUAAUGAAGGUUGGGAACCACAGGAGAGGCUCUUACAUUGUAAAUAAGGAAGCGGACCGGCAACCUUUCAUUAACUCCGCUGUGUGCUUCCUGCCUUAAGUGACAAGUGGCAGCAUUGCUUGAGUCACCUGUGUGGUGUUGUGUGUGCUUGCCACAAGUCAGUCUGCUCCCUGGGCGCCCAGGAGCUAGUAUCCUUAGAUCUCUGUGUCUCCAGAUUUAAUCCCCCUGUUCUUUAUGUGUCCGUCAAUCCCAAGUCAAACUUACGUUUUAAAAAGCAAAAACACACACACAAAAAGCUUUCUUUAUAGUUAAUCCUAGCUUAACAUGGACUCAGGUUCCCCAGCAGCCUUAAUUUUUUUUGUUCCCAUUGUUCUUUCUCAUUGAGCCCUCCUAAGUAUUUCCGAGCUUUCCAUAGAGUGUCACGUCUGUCUUGAUGUCAUUGGUUGUCCUCUUGAUCACAAAAUGACUUCCCAGCUUGAGAUUUCCUGCGUCCUAUACAUGGACUGCUUGCGCUCCUUUACUUCCCCUCCCCUCGCAUAAUGGCUAUAUAAAAGACAAUUUUUUGGCCUUCUGUUGGCUGGGGAAAAAAAAAUUUAAAAAUUUUAAAAAACUUAAAAAAAAAAAAAAAGCGGAUCUGUAGCUGAAAGAUCGAAAGCCGUGUACAGAUCUUCAGAGAAAGUGAAGUGAGAUAACCUGCUGAGGAGAUGGGUCUGACCCUUAGGCUCCUAGAUCUGUAGAACUGGGGCUCACAGGGAGUCCGUCAAAGACUCAAGGAAUGCCAAAGUCUUCGGAGGUUGAUGAGCAAAGAGCAAGAAAUAGGACUGAGUGAGCCAAAGAAGGGGGUCCCGAGAUAACAGCAGAUCUAGGAAGGGAGUGAGACAGGCUGAAGGAAACACCAGCAGCAGGGACUGGAAGGUCAGGGUGGUGAGAGCAAAUGGAAUGAAGUGUCCUGGGUAGUUGGAAGAAAGGCUUUUUUGAUGGCAUGGCACAGGUGAAGGCCAGCUGCAUAGAGAGACCCCAGGUUGGAACUGACAUCCAGGGAAAUGGAGGGGUAAUGAUGCACCCUUGAAAUAGAAGUCAGUGUUGAUGUCAUCUGGGUAAAUUUGGGGGUUCGUUAUCAUUGACAGUGUUACCCCCCACUAGACCCCUUUUAGAAAGCAACUUGCCAAGAAGUCUGAGUGUCCAUUCUAACCAUAACUGAAUGAGUAGAAGAUUAGGAAUAAUUGAAAUGCCAGACUAUAGAAGAAUAAUUAAGUCAAAGUGCCCUGGAUUCUUAUGCAGUUGUUUAGAAGCAAUCAUCACGAAGAGUUGUGUAGUAGACAUUCACAGAAUAUGGAGUGGAGAAAGCAGGACACAAAAUUAUAUUUAUACUACAAUUAUAACUGUUUAAAAAAUGUACGCUUAUAGUCAAAGCUAUUGUGUUGUUGUGGGCUUAUAGUCGAGCAUUAUUUUCUUAAAUUUCUAGAAUGUUCUUUAUGGUAGUGUUACUCAAAAGUUAAGGAUCACAUUUCCAUCGUGAACAUAAUUGGAACUCAUUAUGAAACAGUUGGAAAAUAACAGAAAAGUGGAGGAAAGAUAAUCCAUGUCCCCACCAUCCAAAGAUAGAUAUACUCUUUAAUAUCUUGUUUUCUUGUUGCUGUGCACAGGUUUAUAUACUAUAACUGUGUCAAAACGUGUAUUCAAGAUAGUUGUUCCUAGUACUCCUGUGUAAUCACAGUAAAAGACUUUGAUCUGAAGUUUUCCCUAGGCUCCUCGUAAUAGUCUCCUGAUAAUAAGACUUAGUAUGUAAUGCCACCAUUAUAAGCAUACUAUGUACCCAGUGAAAAAUUGGAAAUUACUGUUGAAAAUUGAAAAGAAAAAUCUUCCCAUAUUCCCCACAUCCGACAACUGUUAAGAUCUUCAUCUGUGUUCUCCAUCUUGUGUCAUCGCACAAACUUGUGAUUCAAACAGUGUUAAAUAGAUUUGCAUAAUGUCUAAAACAAAAACGGGGGAAACAAUUAAAAAUAGUGUUGGGGGUGGGGGUCAUGGUUAAAUAUUUUGUUCCAAAUUUCUUGAAUAAUCUUUGGUGUUUGGGUAAAAAAAAAAACAACUUUAUGUAUGUAUUCUGUAUCACAAAUAUAAGACAUACUCAAAGAAAACUGGGAAACUGUUGUGAAGUAGAAAAAGCAAUUAUAUUUCCAACAAGUUCCUAGUAACAUCUGGAUCUGCGCACCACGUAUGUAAUUAUUAGGACAUCCUCGAUAAGUAUGUCACGUCAUCAGAUGGAAGAAAUGUGGAGAAGUGUGGAAUAGCGGGGUAGCUGUGCAGGAUUACAGUGAAGUGCGUUUUCUCAGUUUCUUGGAGGGGUCUUUAUCAUAGUGUUCUAGUAGGCUGCCCUUAUUGCUUAUAUUUCCAUUAUAUAUGCAGUAUGUGUCCAUUCUAGUAGCCUCAAAGAUGUGGAAAUGUAGAAGAGAAACUCGCCCAUAUUCUCAUCACCCAAAGACUGUGUUAACAUCUCAAUACAUUUUCUUUUCUUGUUUCUGUGCACAGGCUUUUGGUUUGUUAAUAUGGUUGUAGUUGUUCUAUCUUGUAAUAGUGUCAACAAUAAAAAUAAAGUUAAAAAUAAGAUCA